CGUAACGGCAACACGUAACAAACUCCCGUAUCGGUGCCCGAAGCACCCGCCCUGACGUUGUGUCCGAUUAAGUGCACUGUGAAUUCUAAGUGUAACAGUUUGUGUGACGAAUAAAUUGUGAAGUGCACUAUGAUGUUUUGUGCGUUAUGAAUGGUUUGGAUCGCUGCUUCUUCGAUCAGCGUGAGUCGCAAUUAAAUGGAGAUGACUGCGGUUACAGUUAUAUAAGCCUGGGCCGGCUCCACCCGUACGGCUCGGGCAGUGGCUCAAGCUCCGGUAGCGGCCGCCGCGCACGGCGAGGUCUCUCCGAGUCCCCGACCCCCACGACCCCCACGUCAGCAUCAGACAACGCAUCUGACGCGACCCUCACGGACUCCGAGCUGCCUCUCGCGAGGGACUCCACACUGCUGGUGCAAAACGGCAUGCUCAGAUCUACAUACGAUCGGCCCGACCACGAACGUUGUCUUCUAGAAGGGUCCCGACCCCCUCCCGAUGUGCCCCCCCGCAACCCAACGAUGUCUCGGCUAAACGGCCGCAUCACUGGCAACCCAGCUGACUUGGGUGAUUUUGAACCCUCGUGUCUUGUACGCACUCCUUCGGGAAACUUCUACGUGCCUUCAGGUGAACUGAACACGUGGGACAUACAAAAGAAUCCGUCUAUGGACUAUAAAUCAAAUUCGUCGUGUAGCAGUCCAGGUAAACAAGAAAAGGGAACGCUAGAAAGAAUGGAUCGUAGUGACAGACAUCCAGCGUUCGGGGCGCCUGUCCCCGUGCUUCCCGUGAGGAACAACCUCCGCGCCACGCACUUCCCUCCAGCGGCCUCGAGGUUCCACUUCAGAAAAGGCCUAUCUUCAAGAUGUUCUUGGAAGUGUACUGCGAUAGUGUUUAUAGUGCUAUUUGUUCUAUUAUUGUCUAUUGCUUCUUAUAUGUCAGCUUCAUAUUUUACGGAUAACUGGUCGUAUGAAAAUGCGAAACCAUGUUCCGUAAUCGUUGGAGACGUGGACAAAUUCCAAGCGUCAAAAGCGACGACGCUUGAAUCCAGUAAUAAAUCAUUACCACGACCGCACCAGAGCUCGACGUCGUCAGCUACAGGUAAAGGGGGUGGCCAUUCUCGCGCUCGUAGAAGUGUAGACGAGCAUGCUUCUUUAUCUUCUGUUUCUUCCACGGAUUCUUCCACUGUAGAUAUGCAUGAACUAAUCACUACUCCUUCCUCGACCACUGUUAGCUUAGUGCAUGGUGUGUCAGCCGACGAGAGUACUGAACCGCAAGACGGGGGCGCUUCUAAAGCUUCUGUAUCUAGCGAUGUGGGCGCUAUGGGUGUAAAUGUUAAUGUUACUAAUAACACAUCGAUAAACGUGAAAGAUGAUAUAGAACCCACUACUGAGGAAUAUACCACUUCGACGAAAAUUGAUAAUGUUACUAAUACUGCAACACUUGCACACAGUGAAAAUAAUACAAGCACUACUAAGGAUUACACAACCUCAACAAAAACUAAUAAAGUGACUAACAAAGCUGAGAUAUUAACGGAAAUGCCACCAGAAAUAAAAGAAUCAGAAAAAGAUGCAAUAGCCUAUGAUCCUGAGGACAUGCAAGGCGAUGCAUAUCCGUCAAUUUAUUCGUACGGUGUUCAAAAGCUACAUUAUUUAAAGUUACUCUCAAGAUUGAACAAAGAGUUACAUAUCGACACUGAUGAUUUAAGUGAAAAGCUUGAAAAAGAUCAUUACGAUAUUCAAACAUCAAAAAGCAUUGGAACUACAAUUCCACCUGUAUAUUACACUAAUGCUACGACACAGAGUUCAACGCCCCUACUAAUGAGUGAAGUAACCACGGAAGUAACUAAUAUAUUUACGACACAUGUAGAUAAAAUUCAAACUAAUUCUGAUGUUUUAUUAACCCAAACUACACAAAGUGCACCUAAUACUAUCAGUGUAUAUAAUACAACUUCGGAAUCUUCGUCUGAAACAAGUACUAUAACAACAGCAACUGGUAGUACUUCUGCUCCUAUCACUACAAAUGAAUCUUCGACAAUUAAUGUUGCUUCUGAAUCUAAAACAGACAUGCCAGUGAACAGCAAGCAUGUAUUGAUUAAUUUAACGUUAUCAUCAGAUGAUUCCAAUAAUGGUGAUUCAUAUAAACCUUUUUAUUCCUUAACAGUAAGAGUACCUACUGUUGGCGAUUCCAACGAAAUUCCCACUGUUAAAAUAACACCGAUCGAUUUAGAACCAACAGCGCCUACAAACUUUAAUAAACCUGUCACAAUUGAUGGAACUAAAUCGACAAAAGAUAUGAAUUCAGAAGAUUGGGGCGGUAGUUGUGAGUGUUCUUGCCCCGUGUGUGAAGACAAUAUCACAGGUGAUGAUUUAUAUGAUGAUGAUGCACAAAAAACUACUCCUGUUAAUACAGACAGUACAGGAACUACAGAUUCUUCUGGUCAAACUGAAACCGAUGAAUUUAAAGAAAAUACUAUGCCUGGUUCUACUGAAAGUGACUAUAGUACAUCAACAGAGUAUCUUAAUGCAACUGAAUCAGUUCAGUUUUCAUCUACAACCGAUUCGACAUCAACAGAUGAGACUACAGAUUUUCCAACAAGUACAGAAAGUAUUUCUACAACGGAAGCACCGGUACAAUGCGUAUGUCCAAAAGUAAAGCCUCCACCAAUCCUAAUAUUGGAAGGUGCGCGAACAUUCCCAGCGCAGUCUUUUCCGCCAGACGGGACUACGUUCAAACAAAUAACUUUAGGUGAAAAAUUAUCAAAAGAAAUCCCUCCAUAUAGCUAUUGGAACAUGCAGUUCUAUCAGUCAGAAGCCUCUUACGUGAAAUUCGACUACAUGAUACCGAGAGGGGCUUCGAUAGGCGUGUACGCGAGACGAAACGCUCUACCCACACAUACACAGUAUCACUUUUUGGAAGUUCUAAGCGGAUUUAAGGCUAGAACUACGAGAGCCUCGCACCCGUCCAUUAAGAAGGAAGUGACGCAUUACAUGGAGCAAGGCCACUGGUUCCUGUCUCUGUACAACGACGACGGCGACCCGCAAGAGAUCUCCUUCAUAGCGAUAAUUGCAGAUGAUAUGACGCACAACUGUCCGAAUGGCUGCUCUGGGAAGGGAGAAUGUUUGAUGGGACACUGCCAAUGUCAGCCUGGCUUUGGAGGAGACGAUUGUAGUGAAAGUGUUUGUCCAGUGCUAUGUAGUCAGCGAGGCGAGUACAUCAACGGCGAGUGUCAGUGCAACCCGGGCUGGAAGGGCAAGGAGUGCUCGCUGCGGCACGACGAGUGUGAAGUGCCCGAUUGUAACGGACAUGGGCACUGUGUGAACGGAAAGUGCUCUUGUGUUAGGGGGUAUAAAGGAAAGUUCUGUGCUGAGGUAGACUGUCCGCACCCCACAUGCUCGGGGCACGGGUUCUGCAUCGACGGUGCCUGCGUGUGCAAGAAGGGCUGGAAGGGCGGAGACUGCGCCACUAUGGACACUGACGCUCUACAGUGCUUGCCUGAUUGUUCUGGACAUGGGGCCUUUGAUGUGGAAACGCAGACUUGUACCUGCCAUGCGAGAUGGUCUGGAGAGGAUUGUUCUAAAGAGGUGUGCGAUCUUGACUGCGGUCCUCACGGGCGCUGUGUGGGCGAAGCUUGCGUGUGUGACCCCGGCUGGAGCGGCGAGUAUUGUACCUCAAAGCUCUGCGAUCCUCGCUGUAGUGACCACGGACAAUGCAAGAAUGGCACUUGUCUCUGCGUCUCUGGUUGGAAUGGCCGACAUUGUACCCUCGAAGGGUGUCCUAGAGGUUGUGCCGGCCAUGGACAGUGCAGAGUGGCGAAUGAUGGCCAUUGGGAGUGCAAAUGUUUUGACGGCUGGGAUGGCCCAGAUUGUACCACGCUGAAGGAACAGAUCUGUGACGAUUCUAAGGAUAAUGAUAAAGACGGCCUAGUGGACUGCGAAGACCCGGAAUGCUGUCAAACAGCGGCCUGCAAGACUAGUCAGCUCUGCGUGUCCUCUCCCAAACCCACUGACAUUCUCCUCCGAAAGCAACCGCCAGCUAUCACUGCGUCAUUCUUCGAACGAAUGAAGUUCCUCAUAGAUGAGGGUAGUUUGCAAAACUACGCGAAACAAGAAACGUUUAACGAAAGUAUGUUUUGGAACCACUUCAACACGAGUCGGUCAGCGGUAAUCCGUGGUCGUGUGGUAACCUCCCUGGGGUCAGGGCUUGUGGGGGUGAGGGUCUCGACUUCCACCCCCCUGGAAGGUUUCACCCUCACACGGGAAGAUGGCUGGUUCGACCUGCUGGUCAAUGGGGGAGGAGCUGUGACUCUGCACUUUGGCAGGGCACCUUUCAAACGGUCUACGCAGGUCGUCUUCGUGCCCUGGAAUGAGGUGGUAAUAAUCGACGAAGUAGUGAUGACAACAUCAGACGAAAAAAGCGGUACAGGUCCACCCGCGGCCUGCCUCGCGCAUGACUACGAUCUGAUGAAGCCGGUUGUUCUUGCUACAUGGAAGCAUGGCUUCCAGGGCGCUUGUCCCGAUAAAAGUGCUAUUUUAGCUGAAUCUCAGGUGGUCCAAGAGAGCCUACAAAUCCCAGGAACAGGUCUAAACCUCGUCUACCACAGUUCACGAGCAGCCGGCUACUUAUCCACUAUCCAGCUCCAACUGACCCCUGAAAAAGUGCCCCCAACCCUUGCCCUUAUACACUUAAGGAUCACUAUCGAAGGAAUCCUCUUUGAGAAAACCUUUGAAGCAGACCCAGUUAUCAAAUUCACAUACCCCUGGAAUAGACUGAAUGUAUAUAGACAGAGAGUGUAUGGAGUAACUACCGCUUUAGUUAAAGUCGGUUAUCAAUACACGGAUUGUAAGGAUAUCAUUUGGAACGUACAGACGACCAAAUUGAGCGGACAUGAUAUGAGCAUUUCUGAUGUGGGUGGUUGGAAUUUGGAUAUUCAUCACAGAUACAAUUUCCAUGAAGGUAUCCUCCAAAAAGGCGACGGCACGAACAUCUACCUGAAACACAAGCCCCGUCUCCUCAUCACGGCACUCGGCGACGGGCGCCAGCGGGCACUCAGCUGCGGCGCCUGUCCCGCCAGACUGCUGGCGCCGGGGGCGCUGGCUGCGGCACCUGAUGGGAGCCUGUUCGUUGGGGACUUCAACUUGGUGCGGAAAUUGGCACCCGAUGGCAGUGUGCACACUGUUGUCAAGCUUAAUGCGACCAGAGUAUCGUACCGCUACCACAUGGCUCUGUCCCCACUCGACGGCACGCUCUACAUUUCGGACCCAGAAUCCCAUCAGAUCAUCAAAGUCCGCAACACAGAUGACUAUAGCGACCCUGAAAGAAACUGGGAAACCGUCGUUGGAUCUGGUGAAAGAUGUCUCCCUGGUGAUGAAGCGCAUUGUGGUGAUGGAGCCCUAGCCAGAGACGCUAAACUAGCUUACCCUAAAGGUGUAGCUGUUUCCAUAGACAAUGUUCUAUUCUUCGCUGAUGGCACUAACAUCAGAAUGGUCGACAGAGAUGGAAUUAUCACAACUGUGAUCGGAAACCACAUGCACAGAGCCCACUGGAAACCAAUACCUUGUGAAGGCACGCUCAGUGUUGAAGAAGUGCACUUAAGAUGGCCGACGGAAUUGGCAAUUAAUCCUUUAGAUAAUAGCUUACAUAUUAUUGACGAUCAUAUGAUUCUGCAAAUGGCUCCAGAUGGCAGAGUUAAAGUGAUCGCUGGAAGACCGUUACACUGCCCGUCGCCAUUAUCUGGAUAUGAUAUGGAACUAGCGACAUAUGCAACUCUUGUAAUGCCGCAAAGUAUUGCGUUUGGAGCCGCUGGUGAUUUGUAUGUCGCUGAAAGUGAUUCCCAAAGAAUUAACAGAGUUAGAUUGAUAACAACUGAUGGUAAGAUAUCUCUGUAUGCUGGUGCCGAAUCGAAGUGUAACUGUCUAGAAAGAGGCUGUGAUUGCUUCGAAGCCGAUCACUUCCUGGCUUCCAACUCCAAGUUUAACACGAUCUCUGCAGUCGCGGUCAGUCCAGAUGGUAUCGUUCAUAUUGCUGACCAAGCUAACUAUAGAAUUCGAUCUGUAAUGGCCAGUAUUCCUGACGCAAGUGGUGCUAGGGAGUACGAAAUAUAUUCCCCAGACACGCAAGAAAUUUACAUCUUCAAUAGAUUCGGCCAACACAUUAUGACUAAGAACAUUCUGACUGGAGAAAACAACUACGUAUUUACAUACACAGUCAAUACAAGCAAUGGUAAACUCAGUACUGUAACGGACGCCGCUGGGAACAAAGUUUUCUUACUACGCGACUAUUCGAGCCUCGUUAACUCUAUUGAAAAUACUAAAGGCCAGAAAUGCAGACUCAAAAUGUCAAGAAUGAAAAUGCUGCAGGAGUUACGAACACCUGAUAAUUUCAAUGUGACAUUCGAUUACCACGGCACUACAGGAUUACUCAAAGCUAAAUAUGACAGCACUGGGCGCAGUUACAUUUACAAAUACGAUGAAUUCGGUAGAUUAACAUCAGCUGUAACGCCUACAGGAAGAAUAAUUACGUUAACAUUCGAUUUAAGCUUGAAGGGAGCAACUGUCCUGGUCAGUGAAAACAAUAAGAAACCAACAUCCAUCUUGAUCAAAGGCUCCUCUGUCAAUACGAGAAUAGGAGAAGCUGAGAAGAAGACAAUAAUUUCUACAGACGGUAGCAUUUCAUCAAGUAUGCCUUGGGGUCAUGUGAUAUCAACCGAUACAGUUCCAUAUACAAUACUAUCAGAAAUCGACCCCAUAUUAGGAGAAAGCUAUCCCGUACCAGCUAAACAAAGAACUGAAGUAGGCGGUGACUUGGCAAACAGAUUCGAAUGGAGAUAUUUCUUGCGAAGGUUACAGUCAAACAAAGGAAAGAGUAGCAAAGCAGUCGCUCAAAUCGGUCGAAAGUUGAGAGUUAACGGAGAAAAUCUGCUUACGCUUGAAUAUGAUAGGGACACUUCAACGGUGGCUAUAUUUAUGGACGAUAAAGUAGAAUUGUUGAACGUCACAUAUGACAGGAUGGCCAGGCCAGUGCGUUGGGGACCGAGAAGCGGUUUAUUCUCGGAAGUAGAACUAGACUACGAUAGAUUCAACAGACUAACCAGUUGGAGAUGGGGAGAUCUAAAUGAAACAUAUGGGUACGACAGAGCAGGCAGAUUGCACGAAAUACGUUAUGGAGACGGUUCAUCUUUGGCUUAUUCCUUCCGAGAUAUGUUUACAAGUCUACCGCUUAAAGUUACGACACCAAGAGGCAGUGAUUAUCUCCUUGAUUAUGACGAUUCUGGUGCCCUGCAAAACCUCACCACACCUCGAGGGCACAUUCAUACCUUUGCAUUGAUGACAUCACUUGGCUACUUCAAAUAUCAAUACUUCUCACCAAUGAACAGGCAUCCAUACGAAAUUCUAUACAACGACGAUGGACACAUAUUGGCAAAGAUAUUCCCGCAUCAAUCUGGUAAAAUCCUCUACGUCUACGACAGUUCUGGAAAAUUAGAAACGGUAUUGGCUGGCGCAUCUGCUAUACGCUAUGUGUAUCAUGAAAACAGUCAUCUAGUCAAGAAUGUUGAAAUAACCGACCCAGAUUAUGAACUUAGACAAGAUUACAAAUAUCACGCUGGUAUUCUGAAAGACGAAAAGAUGAAAUUCAACUCAAAGAGCGGUCUCAACAAUGCCCAUUUCAAAUACCAGUACGAUGGCAACGCGCGACUUUCCACAAUUGACAUGAACAUCAACAGUAAAGAAAUGCCACAACUGCGACUGAAAUAUAACCAGAACUUGGGUAUUCUCGAAGCUGUCAGUGAUUUAAGAAUCUAUAGGAAUACCUUCAACCGUUCUGUGAUGCAAGACACGAGCAAACAAUACUUUACGAUCACCGACUACGACGAUCACGGUAGAAUUAAGACCGUGCUCAUGAAUAUAAAGGCUUUCGACGUGUUCCGACUUGAAUUGGAAUAUGACGUCAGAAACCGUAUUAAAUCUAAAAAGAUGAUGAUUGGCGAUACUUCAUCUAACGAACGAAUUAGUUACAACUACGAUGGACAUUUAAUGGAAGUUGUGGGAUCAGAAGACGAUUGGAAAUACGUCUAUGAUGAGAAUGGCAAUGUUAUUGGUGUUAUUGAGCAUGGAGAGAAACGUUAUCUCGGCUAUGAUAUUGGUGACAGAGUAGUACAAUACGGCGAUAUUGAAUUCAGUAGCUAUGACGGUAGAGGCUUUGUUAUACGUCGCGCUGAACAAAAAUACAGGUACAAUUCUCGAGGACAAUUCAUACACGCCUUCGAAAGGGAUAAGUUCCAAGUGUGGUACUAUUAUGACGCUAGAAAUAGACUAGUCGCUUGGAAGGACGAUAAGGAAAACAUCACGCAGUUCUUCUACACCAAUCCUCAAACGCCGAACUUGAUAACUCAUAUGCACCAUCCGAAAACAGAAAAGACAGUACGAUUCUUGUAUGAUCAACGCAACUUCCUCACGUGUAUUGAAACUGAAGACCAGCGCUUCUACGUCGCAACUGACCACAACGGUUCUCCUCUGGUCGUGUUUGAUAUUAACGGUGAAAUCGUUAAGGAAAUCAAGCGUAGCCCAUUUGGAAAAAUUGUCAAGGACACCAAUCCUGGCCUCUAUGUACCUGUGGACUUCCAAGGUGGCAUUUUAGAUUACAAUACCAAUCUGAUAUACCUUGAGAACCGUUUAUACGAUCCGGUCGUAGGACAAUGGAUGACACCGAGCUGGGAACACCUUGCUACUAAACUGAGUCUUCCAACGGACAUAUUUAUCUACAGAUUUAGGAACAACGACCCCAUUAAUCGAGACCAGAAUGUUCCGUAUAUGACCAGUUUGUCAAGUUGGCUUGCACUAUACGGCUACGAUUUGAACAAAAUGAUGGGAUCCAAAUACAUAACUGAUAUGAUCUUUACGCCGAAGACGUCUGUAACUGCUCCUCAACUUGCUCCAGACUUCGGUGUUAUGUCUGGAUUGCAGUGUAUCAUUGAAAAGGUAAAUGAUAAACUGGCAGAUAUCGAAUUUGUACCUACACCAUUAUUGAAGAUGGAGCCCAUAACAAGAAAUCUUCUGCCAAGAGUUUCCUACAAGCGAGGAGUGUUUGGUGAAGGAGUUCUUAUCUCAAGAGUAGACGGCAAAGCUUACAUCAGUGUAGCUGAUGGAGCUAACAGCGUUGUGGAAGAUGUUAUUACCACCGUCUUCAAUAACUCCUACUUCUUGGACGUACACUUCAGUAUCCACGAUCAGGACGUUUUCUACUUCGUGAAGGACAAUUCAUUGAAGAUUAGAGACGAUAUGGAUGAAUUACGACGACUUUCCGGCAAGUUUAAUGUAUCACAAGAUGAGACUAAUGACCAAGGAUUAGAGGUACGCGUGCAUGCAGUGGGCAAGGGCUCAGCGCAGGCUGUGAUAGUGCUGCGGUACGGCGUGGACCCGGCACAGGAGCGCGUGAAGCUGCUGAAGCACGCGCACAAGCGGGCGGCGGCGCGCGCGUGGGAGCGGGAGAAGGCGCUGGUGGCGGGCGGGUGGGAGGGGAGCGGCGUGUGGAGCGAGGAGGAGAAGGAGGAGCUCAUCUCGCACGGCGUCGUGGACGGCUGGGCCGCGCGCGACGUGCACUCGCUGGCCAGGUUCCCCGCGCUGGCCGACGACCCCGCCAACAUCGUGUUCGUGCGCGACGCGCGCCGCAAGCGCCGCCGGAGCGCCCGCGCGCGGCACCGCUCUGCACUGCACUGAGCGACCGCGCCGACCGCACCCGCUUAUAUACCCGUCUGAACGUUUGUCAUUGGUUGAUACCAUUGAGAUAAUAUUACUACAUAUGGAGGAAGCACCACGAACAAAAUCUGUGCGCCAUUUUUUUGCUCUAA